AUGUACAUCCUAAUCAACCAGAAGAGGGGGAAGAUGACUCAGUACUUGGAGAACAUGAAAAUUGGGGACACCAUCCUUUUUCAAGGGCCAUCUGGUUACCUGUUCUAUCAUGGGUCAGGGAAGUCUGUAUUCAAACCAUACAAAACGAGUGAGCCUGAAACUAAACUGGUGCAUCACCUGGGAAUGAUUGCUGGGGGCACAGGGAUCAUGCCCAUGCUGCAGCUCAUCCGCUGCAUCACCAGGAAGCCCAGUGAUAAGACCGUGAUGUCCCUCAUCUUUGCCAACCAGACAGAGGAGGAUAUCUUGAUGAGAAGAGAGCUUGAAGAAGUUGCCAGAACUCAUCCAACGCAGUUCGGCCUGUGGUACACACUGGACAGGCCUCCUGCUGACUGGAAGUACAGCUCCGGCUUCAUUACCGAGGACAUGAUCAAGGAGCACCUCCCUCCCCCUGGGAAGUCCAUGCUCAUCCUGGUGUGUGGCCCACCACCCCUGAUCCAGACAGCAGCACACCCUAACCUGAAGAAACUGGGUUAUACCAAGAACAUGAUUUUCACCUAA